GCCACCAGUACACCAUGCUGUCUGGUCAAGUUCCAUUCCAGAGUGAGAAGAAAGGAAUGACCUCGUCGCAUGCAGCUGACAUCAUGCACAAAAUCAAGGAGGGAGAUUUCUCAUUGGAUGGAGAAGCCUGGAAGGGUGUUUCUGAAGAGGCCAAAGAUUUAGUGAGAGGUUUGUUAACCGUAGAUCCUGAGCGACGGCUGAAGCUCUCGGCUCUGAAAGAGAACGCCUGGCUUCAGGGAGGUGGCGUUAUGUCCUCCACCCCUCUCUGCACCCCUGAUGUUUUGGAGUCCACCGGCCCAACUGUCCGUACCUACGUCAAUGCCACCUACAAGGCAUUUAACCGGGGGAAGCGCGAGGGCUUCUUCCUUAAAAGCGUUGAUAAUGCGCCACUAGCAAAACGUCGGAAGAUGAAAAUGACCAGCACCGGUGUGGAGACGAGACGCAGCUCAUCCUCCUCCUCCUCUUCCUCCUCUUCCUCAUCCGCUUCCCAUUCCAAGACGCAGAAUUGCCAAUCUUUGAAUCCCCACCAGGACCCCAAACUGUGACAGCUCCCAUUUGACUGAAAAGCUGCUUUGACGCGGUGAGAGAAUGUAUUGCAAAAGCAUUACAGGGUGAAAAAGACCUAUAAAAAAAANUCUCAGCA